AUGUCGCCCGCAGAGCAACUCUUCAUCGCCCUCUUAAGAGAUGACCACAUCAAGGGCCGUCUCUUCUCGCACCUCCCCACCUCUAACAUCGCCUCGCUCCGCCAGCUCUCGUCGGCAUGCUGCAACCUCGUCACGAGGCACCUCUUCACCCGCAUCACCAUCAACUUCACGCCCGCCACCUUCACCAAACCCACCCGUGUGGCGGCCCUCAACCGCAUCGGUCAUCACAUCGAGCACCUGACGUUUCAGAUGCCUCAUUCCGAAGCGACCUUCCUCCCGCCUCUUGUGCAUCCGCUCACCGGGCAGGAGAUAUGCUUCCUGUACACGCCCCAUACGAGCAUGAGCUCCGCGCUCACUCGUCGCAAGUAUGCCAACACGGAGCUGGGCGACAUCCUGACGCAGCAGUAUCCGCCGCUCUUCCACGCCGCCACAAACGUGCCCAGCUUCAUCCAUGCGUUUCACUCGCUCCCAAACAUGAGGCACCUGACUAUCCGCUGCCCCGGGCAGGAUCCCAGAGAGAGGUACCGUAGGGACAUUGUCGACUAUGCGCUCAUCAGCCUCCGAAUCGCCGUGGAGAGAGCGCCGCUCGACAAACUCAACAAGCUGAGUCUGUCGUCGCUGCACCCCUCGGCGUUCAACUACCUCCGUCACACGCAGGGGUUCGGCUCUGUCCCCUCGGCGGGAAAACGCUGGAAGCAAGUCAAGAAGCUCAACAUCUCUGUGGAAUCAUGGGACUUUCACGGCCCUUCCCCGGGACUGGACCACCUGAAAAUCAUCGACGACUACGUGCGCUUCUUUGCGCCGUCCCUCGACAAGUUCAGCUUCACGUGGAUCGGGGCAAAGGGACCCUGUCCCGUGGCUCUGUCCUCCGAUCCGCUCUUUGCGCCGCCCAGGUCGUCCAAGAAGCUCUUCCACGAAGUAACGUCGCCCAUGUCGCCGCUGCCCGUCCGGCCGCCCCGGAAACCCAUUCACUUCCCCAAGCUGCGCCACCUGCAGAUUCGGAAUGCCGCCAUGAAUGCGCCCCAGCUGAGCGACCUGAUCAAGUCGCAUAGCUCCACCGUCAAGGAAUUCGACUUUGAGAACGUCGUGCUCGCGAACAAUGGGAACUGGGAAGAUGCCCUCGCGCCGCUCAGCAGAGACGAUUCCUGGACGAGGAGCAGCAUGGCGGCCGCGUCCGACUACAGUCUGGUGACGUGCGAGAGCGACGAGGAGCUGCCUAGUCCGAGUGCGGCGGCCGAAGCAGCCAGCAGGGAGUUGCUGGACCUGGAUCUGGGCGCAUCGGGAUUCAGCGACGAGGAGAGGACCGUCGUCGAAGGGCUGUCGGAGGAGACGUCUGCUGCUGCCUCUGCGGCGCGGUCCGAAGAGAAUGUCGGCUUCACGACCAAGUUGCGCAAGAAGCGGACCAAGAGGAGGAGGAGGAGACACGAUGAGCACGGCUCUGAUUCGAGGCCGUCGUCCUCGCACCGCCAUGACAGGAAGCCGUCCAAGCUAAAGCCCAAGCCUUCCCGGGAGUCGGACAAGCACCGGCCCGUCACGCCCCCUUCGCCAAAACAUGUCAUCACCGCACCCAUCCUUGCGGCGAACCCACACCCCGUUAUCCUCCAGCCGGCCGUCUACGACCCGUCCUGCUCCCAGGACGACGGCAUCUCCGCUGUCCAGCGCAACAUUGAGCAAGAAGAAGCGCAUAGACUCCUCGCCGAAGACGGAGCUGCGAGGGACAGCGCUCUUCAGAGGGCUAAGGAGGCGGUCCUCUCGAAGCUGAGCAGGGAGUUUUCCGUCAAGAAGGGCAAAGCGGCUGAUGCGGUGGCGGCGUGUAGGUUGAUGGCGAGUAGGGAGUGGACGAACGACAUAUGUGCGAUGGAGGUGGUUGUUGAGGAUAGGGGCCGCAUGGAGAGUCGGAGCGCGUUGGUGCCGUUGAUGUUUAGCCGUUCGUGA